AACACUUCAUGUGUUAAACUUGUUAAAGGGGAAGUGAUGAAGCUGAAGGCGUCUCGCUGCUGCUCAGACUGAUGUUCACUCGUCAUCCAGACACGAUGAAGACUCCGUGUGUCUCUCUGCUCCUCGGUGUGUGUGUGCUGCUGCUGUCUGCACCGACUGUUUCUGCAGUGUCUCUGUCUGUCGGUCCAAACCUUCAGCAGUUCUUCAGAGGAUCUUUAGUGUAUCUGAGUUGUGUUGAUGAUGGACAGACAGCUGAUGGAUGGACAGUGAAGAGGACCAGAGGAGGACUCACUGAGGACUGUGGAGCAGCUCCAGGCUUUGGGGGGCUUCUUGGUUCCUACUGUGUUGUGGAUCUUUCUGCUCCCAGUGAAACCUUCUGGUGUGAGGACUCCUCUGGACAGCAGAGUGACAGAGUCUCCUUCAGUGUCCAAUCAGACACUACAGGUGUCAUCCUGGAGAUCCCUGCACUUCCUGUGAGGACAGGAAGUGAUGUCAUUCUGCGCUGCAGACAGAGGAAUGGUGCCACAGUCAAAGCUUAUUUCUUCAUCAAAGGAAGUUCUGUUGGUCCUAAACCAGAGCACAUCAUCACUAACAUCACACAGGCUGAUGAAGGUCUCUACUCAUGUUCUACUGAUGAGAGUGGAAAGUUUCCUCAGAGCUCUCUGAGGGUCAGAGAUCCUCCCAAAAUCAUCCAUCCUCCUCCUCCUCACUGUCCUCCUCCUCCAAGCACCUCCACAAACUUUGCUCCUCCUGUAGAAACUGGUCUUACGUGUCCUCCCUGUCCUCCUCCUCCUCCUCCUCCUCCUCAUCCUUCCUCUCUCGUGGUCCCAGUUGUAGCAGGUCUGGUCUCUGGGCUUCUCCUGGUUCUGGUUCUGGGUGGAGUUCUGUUCCUCUGCAGUAAACUAAAAGGAGGUCGGGGAGCAGACCUGUGGAGCUGUGGAGGUGACGGCUGUCUGAGACGGAGCGUCUGCCUCUGCUUUUCAGGCCUGUUUCUGCUGACUGCUGCAGGUGUGUGUGUGCUGCUGCUGUCUGCUCUGGCUGUUCCUGCAGCUCCUCCUCCCUCUGAGCUCAGACUCUUCUGCCAUCUAGUGGUCUUCUGUCCGUACUGCAUCUCCACCGGUCUGCUGCUGUCCAUCUGCUGGAGCAGGAAGAACAAACCAGCCGUCUCCAUGGAGAUGACCCAGCAUGAUGGAGGAGGUCAGGGAUUGGACAGAGAGUAUGAUGAUGUCACCACUGAGCAUGCCUUCUGAGCUGCGGAGCCUGUUAGUGUUUAAGCUGCAGAUGAUGAUUUUUCACUGCUGGUAAAGACUUCACUGGUCUUUAACUUCUUCUUCAAACUCUUCCACUGGACUGCUCCACAUCAGCUCACAGUUGUUCAUAUUUGUUGUAAACUGACUUCUCCUCCCACAGUCCCACAGCCAGGAGUGUUUAUGAUGG